AUUCAACCAAAGAAGGACGAGAGAGAUGGUAGUAAAACGGCACAAAGCAUGGAAUGAUACGUACAGUUGUUGAACUCAUGCUAAUGCAUGGUCUGGAUAUGGUAACAUCUUCAAAACUAAGAUCUCUGACCAAUUAUAAUAUAUGUGUUUCUCCGAUCAUAAACACCCUGCCGAGUUUGCUGCGAGACUAAGAGUUCACGCAAUGGCACAGACAUUCCUCCCCAACCCCCCGCGCUAAGCCUAGUCUCUAACUAACUGAAUGCACGAUGCAAUGGAUUAGGGCCAAUACACAUUGGAAUCUACAGUUGCAUGAAUGCCUCUUGCCACUUGCCUAUUUAAGGACCCAUCAUAUGGUAUGGUUUACCAGAUACAUACACCAAACACUUGCAAUCCUCUUACAAUGAUGUGGGCAUUGAGCAUUUUGGCGUCUUUGCUUCUGAUAGGCAUCACGAGAUGGGUUUACAGAUGGAGGAACCCUAAGUGCAAUGGAACUCUGCCUCCCGGUUCCAUGGCCUUUCCGCUUCUUGGGGAGACACUUCAGUUCCUCAAGCCAAAUAUCACUUCAGACAUCCCACCCUUCAUCAAAGAUAGAACCAGAAAAUACGGGCCGAUAUUCAAGACUAGCCUGUUCGGGCAACCGGUUAUCGUGUCCACAGAUGCUGAGCUCAAUUACUUUGUGUUCCAACAAGAGGGGCAAUUAUUCCAGAGCUCUUACCCUGACACCUUCGUUCGGAUCUUUGGAAGGCAGAAUUUGAGUACACUGCAUGGGUUCAUGUACAAGUACCUCAAGAACAUGGUCCUGACCCUCGUUGGCCACGAAGGUCUCAAGAAGAUGCUUCCUGAAAUCGAACAAGUUGCACGUAGAAAGUUAGGGCUUUGGUCUACUCAGAAUUCAAUAGAGCUGAAAGAUGCAACCGCAAGAAUGAUAUUUGACUUUACUGCCAAGAAGCUGAUAAGCCAUGAUCCAGAGAAGUCCUCAGAGAAUCUAAGGGAAAACUUUGAUGCAUUCAUCCGUGGGCUGAUCUCUUUACCUUUGGACAUUCCGGGCACAGCUUAUCACAAAUGUCUAAAGGGGAGGGAAAGGGCAAUGCAAAUGCUGAAGAAUAUGCUUAAGGAGAGACGGGAAAACCCUCGGAAGAACCCGAGUGACUUUUACGAUUAUGUCAUUGAAGAACUGCAGAAAGAGGGGACAAUACUGACAGAAGCAAUUGCACUAGAUUUGAUGUUCGUCCUGAUUUUUGCCAGCUUCGAAACAACUUCUCUGGCUUUAACUCUAGCCAUCAAAUUUCUCUCAGACUACCCUUCAGUUCUGAAACGUUUAACGGAGGAGCACGAGGCUAUUCUGAGAAACAGGGAAGAUCCGGACUCUGGACUUACCUGGGAAGAAUACAGAUCUAUGACCUAUACUUUUCAGUUCAUAAACGAAACAGCUAGAUUGGCGAAUAUAGCUCCUGUGCUUUUCAGAAAAGCGUUGAAAGAUUACCAUUUCAAAGGUUAUACCAUUCCAGCCGGUUGGGGACUGAUAAUCUGUCCUCCUGCCGUACAUUUGAAUCCAGACACAUAUGAAGAUCCUCUUAUCUUCAACCCUUCAAGAUGGGAGGGAUUGGAAACCAGUAACGCAUCAAAACAUUUCAUGGCAUUUGGUGGUGGCAUGAGGCUCUGUGUAGGGGCAGAUUUCGCCAAAAUGCAGAUGGCCGUAUUCCUUCACUGCCUGACCACAAAGUACAGUUUGCAGGAGAUUGGAGGAGGAGAUACAAUUCGAAGCCCCGGAUUACAGUUUCCAAAUGGUUACCAUAUUCAACUGGCAUCGAAAGAGACCGCAUAAGGUCAUAAAACAAACAAGCCGGCAAGUUACAGUGACCAGUUCAGGCUGCUCGCUCAAUAAAUACAAGCAUGGCACAUGUGAAAGAUGAAUAAAAUGUACUUCACCAUUCUCAAAUGGAAAAGCUAAAUUCUACAAUAAGCUGUAAACUCGAGCUUCUUACUCUUCCAACACAAUAUUAUCACAAGGGCUUUGACAUAAUCCCUUGUUCCCUAACUAAAAGACCAUUUUUUUUCUGCAAAUGAACCUCUUAUGAUUCACAGUUCAUUCCGAACUAACCAGCAUCAAAGACGAUAAGCACAAAACUCAAUCUCAAAUGCAUUCACGUCUGUUGAAUUGAAAAGAAAGAGACUUUGGUAAAUGAGAUUGAGA